AUGCUUUCAGCCUUGAUGAAUAGUCUUACGAGUGUACCUCGUUCUCUCAAAUAUGACCAAAACCAGAGACGAGCACUUCCGGCUCAGUUAAGGCCACGAGAGGAUUAUUCAAUUUGGGAAAUCAUAAAACCUAACAUCGGAAAAGAUUUUUCCCGCUUUUCCGUUCCCGUUUUCCUGAACGAACCGUUAUGCUUUCUUCAACGUUUAUCUGAAUUUAUGGAUUAUGUGGAUUUGAUAGAAAUAGCUGCUAGUAAAGAUGAUCCCGUAGAGAGAAUAUCCUAUAUUGGCGCUUUCACUGUCGCAGCUCUCUCUUCAAAUUGGAAUCGACUAUCGAAGCCUUUCAAUCCUCUCCUUCUCGAGACUUUUGAAGUCGAAAGGAAUGGUGUUCGAUUCAUCGCCGAGCAGGUUUCUCAUCAUCCUCCAAUUUCAGCAAUACACGUAGAAGGAAAGAACUUUUCAAUUGAAGCGACUGUGUCACCAAAGAUGUCCUUAGGAAUCAAUAAACUCAUCUGUACACCUGAAGGAGGUUUCGAGUUAACAUUGCACAAUAGGAAUGAAGUAUACACUUACAUGGCACCUGCAUGCACAAUCUAUAACGUGAUGAUGGGUAAAAUGUAUAUGAACUUGACAGGCCAUUUGAAUGUAAAUUGUGUCCAAACUGGUCUUUCAAUAAAUUUGUCAGUCGACGCUGGACGUGGUUGGCACGUAAAAUCCACAGAUGUUCAUAUUGAUGGAUACAUAGAGAAAGGAAAAACGAAGUUAAGAGCCAUAUAUGGCAAUUGGUCAUAUUUCCUUGCAUCAUGUCCAGUCGAAACUUUCAAACUCAAUCACUCAAGUUAUAUUAAGUUUUUCAUGACGAGCUUACAGCCUGGGAAUGAAAACAUGGCUCCCCUCCUCUCAGACUCAAAAGUAUUGUGGACAGCUAACCAACUCGUUUCUAAUUAUGAAAAGAAUUUCUUCUUUACACCCUUUGUUUUGAGCUUAAACGAAUUAACAGAUGAGUUGAGGAAGAAGCUGCCACCAACUGACAGUCGAUUCAGACCCGAUAUAGUAGCUCUAGAAAACGGGCUAUGUGAUCGGGCUGAAUCUGCUAAGCAUGCGUUGGAGGAGAGUCAACGCAGUCGUCGGAAACAAGGUGUAGGGAAUGAACCAUUAUGGUUCAAGUUUGACGGGAAGAAGUGGAAAUAUUCCGGUAAAUACUUCGAUAGGGAUUGGACUGACUGCACAGAUAUAUUUGAUAACAAUGUGUCAGACGUCAUCAACAAUCAUAGCUCCAAGCAGUAA